AUCGUCGAUUACAUUUUCAUUUAUUUCAGUUGUACAUUCAUGUAGACAUGUGUUUAAUGAUAAAAAAAGCAUUGAAUGAAAAUUUAUUGACCAAUUAAACUUCCAUAACAAUUAAUACAUUGUUGCAAAAAUAUUUUUUAUGCGUGGAAUGAGAUUCACCAUUCAAUUCAAUUUAUCUUAAAUUCCAGACAAUGAUGAAUAUGCGUGAGUCAGUGUCACGUUUAAUAAAACUGUUAGCGAUGUUUGCUAUGCUGAUUCAUCAUGUAGGUGGACAUGGACGCCUUAUGGAGCCACCAGCACGAAAUGCUAUGUGGCGUUUCGGUUUUCCAAAUCCAGUUAACUACAACGACAACGAACUUUUCUGCGGCGGUUAUGCGGUGCAAUGGGAGCAAAAUGCAGGUCAAUGUGGAGUCUGUGGUGAUGCAUAUAAUUUGAGAACGCCUCGUCCACAUGAGGCUGGUGGUGAAUACGGGAAAGGAAUUAUUUCGAGACGAUAUGCUGCUGGGCAGGGAAGAGAUUGCAUAUCACAUUCAAACCAUUAUGGACGUUUUGAAAUGUUCUUAUGUCCAAACAACAACCCAAGAUACGAAGCAACACAAGAGUGCUUUGAUCGCUAUCCAUUGUUGGUGUCAGAGACACGUUCAGUUCGCUUCCUGAUUCCCAACGAGUCUGAGAAGCAAGGAACCUUUAUUUAUAAGGUGAAGUUACCACCAGGCGUGACAUGUUCGCAGUGUGUCAUUCAAUGGACUUACUAUACUGGCAAUAUGUGGGGCAUAUGUGCCAACGGAACAGAAGCAGUUGGCUGUGGAAAAGCGGAAACAUUUAGAAAUUGCGCUGAUAUAAGCAUUUAUUCCAACACGGGCUCUGGUCGACCACCCUUGUUCGUCGAGAAUAGAAAUCCAUUCCUUCUCUACUACAGAGAUUUACGAGCUGAUCCAGAAAAUAAUGUCUUCCCGUUAAUUGUUCGAGAUCAACUUUGUCUUCCCAGUCCAGGAUUUCGCAGUCUUCCUGGUAUGGCUGACUGGUGUCAACAGAAUUGCUUAAGAUAUCCACCGAAUUGUCCUGAGACAGUUUGUCAUUGUCCUACAACCUGCGUAGCAAUUGGUGAACUUGAAGGUCGAGAAGGCGCUGACGUCUACUGUCUCGAUGAAUGUCUCGUUUAUGGUUCAAAAUGCCCAGCAGACCGUUGCCGAUGUUAUUAAUACGGAGGGAAACAAUCAACAACAAAAUUUCUUCUUCUGAUUUCACUGACUGCCAUAUUGCUCAAUUCAAACGACAUUUAAACGACCCUCUCCAAAUAAAUUAAUGAUUUUUUAUUCUUUUCUGCUGGAAAAGGCAAGAAACUUUUCUUAUCUGAAGAGAAAAGCAAAAGUACUUUCCUGCAGAAAUGAAAAUUGAUAUGCAUUAUGCACGAUCAUGUCUCAAUAUCCAAUAUUCAAACAACCAUUUCAUUUCUUUCUUUUCCUUUUUUAAGUAUUUUUUGGUAGCUUUUCCAUGUUGAAGAGAAAAUUGAGUGAAGUAGGAAAAGACGUUGAAAAAUUCAUCGGAAAGAAAAAGAUGAAGACAAGUUGACGAACAUUUUUGUUGAUUUUCCUUUUCAUCAUUUUCAAUUUACUAAUUUUCUCGUCUUUAUUUUCUACUUCAUCCAUGAAAAUUCAACAACUUUCUUCCCUGUUAAAAAUUAAAACUUUGGUCAGCCUAAAAUACAAAUUCCUUCUCUCUAUUUGAUUUCCAAGGCUUAUCAUUUCCCAAUUGAAAUGAAAAUCCAUUAUGAUUCCAAUUAUGUUAGAAACUUGCCUUUACAAUUAUUAAAUAUGUACAAGGGAUUGUUAUUUCUGUUUUCCAACUCCAAGGCAACGAGAGAGAUUAUGUAGGGAAAAUAUAUUUUGAUAAGAAGUAAAAUAAACUUAAUUGAACAAUAAAAAAAGAAAGUUUUCUACAUUUUACAGCU